GUAUGGCCUUAUGGCCUUUCAAGCCUCUACGCCGCAUGAUUACUUCUGGUCUACUUGUACUCCAGGCGGGGCAAUAUCCAUUGAACGUACAUUACGUGCGAGUUCCGCACGAGCUUACGCUGCAUUCUUAAAUUGUGGAGACCCCUCCACCUGUCCUGACGCUCAUGUCGUCUAGCACCUCCAGUGUCCUUCCAGUAGCGACUGGAGAUGCGCUCAUGGAAGUCCCACUUCGAGCACCCCCUCUGGGUGUGGUUUCUAACUUUUCCAACCCAUCUUUCAUGGGGACGCCAGUGUUAGUCACAGCAGGGAUCUGUCUUCCCCUUAUUCUGGCCUUUACAGCUGUGCGAAUCUAUGCAAAGCUGGCCAUUCUCAAGAAAUGGAAGCUUGAGGAUUAUGUAUACUGCAUUAGUUGUCCGGUUGUAAUUGCGUUAAUAUCAUUUGAAAUUUCAAUCGUUCUUACAAAGCCGAACGGAUACCACGCCUGGGACGUCAAUUCAUCUGCUAUGGACAAGUCAUCAGCCCUCCAUCUUCUAGUGUUUUCAAUAUCACUAGGCCCUGUACUUUGGUUGCUAAAGUUGACGCUCUUCUGCUCGAUCCUGUCCGCGUUUGGUUCCGUCCGGUGGCUUAAAAACUGCGCCUACAUUGGACUCAUCACCACAGGCCUGUUUUUUAUGGCAUACUCCAUCAUCGUUGCGGUUUCAUGUGGACCUCGACCCAGCACCGAUACCGAGUCAUAUCUUAAUGGCUUCAAUCGUGGGCAGUGUUCUUCAGCGACCGGCGUCAACGCGAUCGCCAGUAUUCUUUUGGGGAUUGUGAACUUAGCAAGCGACGUUUACCUCCUAAUUAUUCCAUUACCAUCUGUGAUCUCUCUAAACAUCCCAUUAAAGCAGAAAAUCGGGGUCUUUGCUAUCGUUUGCAGUGGAUUGACAAUGUGCGUUUGUAGUCUCCUUGGCUUGAUAUAUCGCAUCAUGUCUUGGAGAUCACCGGAUUUUACGGGCACUCAAAUUCCACUCUAUGUCGUCUUUGUAGCGGAGUUAUCUCUCGGACUCAUGAUUCCAUGUAUGCCGUCCCUCUUCACAGUAUAUCGCCAUUUCACCGUUCCGGACAUCAACGACACCGCAACGAUAGCUACACCGAACAUGAGAGGGUUUAGUUCCCUCUCGUCUCCAAAGACUGAGAGUAGGGCAACUUGGCGCAAAACUCACCUCAGCAUCGAAGAGAUUCCGUAUCGGAAGCCGUCAUCAGAAUGGGAACGACGACCUAUCCAUGAUCACCGGAUGAAAGCGCUCCCACCAACCCCGCUCCUACUAAAUCCCGCCUCCGUCCCUCCUUCGCCGAAGACUCCGAAGACACCGGCUAGCUUUCGAAGCAUGCAUCUUCCAAUUAUGUUCCAAACUACUUCGAAGUGAUGACGGUGUUCAUCCCAAGAAUUCGAAUGGUGUAUAAAUAUGAACGAAGGGCUUUUCGGAAUUGUUCUUUUAUUACUUUCUUUAUUCAUACUUUACGAUACCACUUUCGCUUGCGGUUACUGGGUGGCUAGAAACGGGGACUUUGGGACACAUGGCAUCUUAGAAACUGUGCCACAAGACAUGGCAUGAUACAAUGUAAAC